CUUUCUGCUUCAAAAAAAUGAGUUUUUGUUGUAAAGAAGCUUUCUCUUCGGUUGUUUCUGCUAAUUCAUUUAGCAAUAGCAGACAAAAGCAAACAGUCUUCUUCUCCGGAAGGCUAACUACUGCUCUCUGCUUGUACAGCAAUAGCAGACAAAAGCAAACAGUCUUCUUCUCCAGAAGGAUAACUACUGCUUGCAGGUCUCCUCAUUCCAUUGACGUCUUCAUAAACCACCGUGGGAUGGACACGAAACGCAAUGUCGCUGCCUUGCUUUACGACCGUUUCGCCAACCUAAACCUCAAUCCCUUUUUAGAUUAUAAGAGCAUGAAGCCUGGCGAAGAGCUUAAGGAGGUCAUUGAAACUGCUAUAAGAGACUGUAAGGUUGGGGUGGCCAUCUUCUCUCCAAAUUAUUGCACUUCUCACAACUGCCUCCAUUAAUU